AUUCAAUUUCUCAAAUCACAUUUCACAUCCACUCUCUCUUUCUUUCAUCGCCUGCGCUUGUUAAGCUAAAGCACGAAAGCAUAUAAGUGGGAUUCACUUCUGAUUAGUGUCAUUCAUUCUUUCUCGGAAAGAGGCAAGAUAGCCUUCGAAAAGACGAAAAGAAAGUGUUGAAGCCAGUCAUUUCGAUUCACAUUCUUGAUCUUGGAGUCUUCCACUUCUGAUUUGAGGAAUGGGAAAGAGGAAAUCAUCAGCAAAGCCAGCUCCAAAGAAGCGGAUGGAUAAGCUUGACACUGUCUUCAACUGCCCUUUCUGCAAUCACGGCGCCAGUGUCGAAUGCCGAAUUGAUAUGAAGAACUUGAUAGGGGAAGCUUCUUGCAGGAUUUGCCAAGAGAGCUUUAGCACUACUGUCACAGCUUUAUCUGAACCAAUAGACAUAUACAGUGACUGGAUUGAUGAAUGUGAACGGGUGAACAAACCCGGAAGUUGAUGGUGCUUAGUAGUGCGAUUAUAAGAAUCCAUUUCGAGCUGUAGCGGAUGGAAAAUUCUGUAUUUGUGUCAGCUCCUACUGCUGCAACUAUACAUGUUUUGUUCCUAUAUUACUCUCUAAUAGAGUUUGUAAAACUACAUGUACGCUAAAACAAUGAGAAUAUGUGUGUUUGUCUAGUGUCAAUUUUCAAUGCCCAAAUAGCUAAUUAUCUUUUCCAUCAAGGAAAGACAAGGUCUUAUUGUUUAAUAAAACGUAGUUUUGAAAGUGUAGCUAUAUAAAUUAAAUGUUAUUAUUGUAUUCUACAAUAUUUAUG